AUGGCCAUUGACACGGGCAGGAUGAAGAUUAUGUACAUUGUCGUCGUGGGCCUGGCCUAUUUUGCGAAUCGCUGGUAUCGUACGCCAAAAAUACCCGACCAUUUGCUGCACCAUCCGGCCGUAUUUGUGCCCGGGUUAAUCGAUGAGAACAUUGCUGAAGAAUUGCUGGAGAUGGCCAAGGAGAUGAAGGAGUUUCCGACAAAUCUGAAUGAUCUUACGUUCUACGAUACCGUCUACGAGCACAUCGGUGAAGCACAGAAAAUUGGCGAUGAUGGGAAAUGUGCGGAUAGUUUUCUGGUGCCAAACAAGAAAGGCGAUCUCUGUGUUUUCCCAAAUCGAAUCGACGUCGCCCGGCAUUUCAUGAUGUACGGAGGAGUGGAGGGGAAGAAGGAAAAGUUCGAGAUCUCCGCCUCACGUCUACUUUCCUUUGGUCGCUACAUCUUCAACGCGUCUGCGUAUCCGACGGUGAUGGCGUUGUUUGAGACACAAAAGUUUAACGACGGGGCUCAGAGCAUCUGUCCUGCCCACAAGCCCGUUCUCGACCCUUUCCAGUUCAACUUCAUCAUCCAGGUACCCGGCCAAUCCGUGGCCCUCCACCUGGAUGCCGUCUAUUUCACGCACGCAACUCGGUUCGAGUACCCCAUGUGGCUUCUGGCAGUGAUGGCCCACUCUGGGCUGUACCAAGACGAAUUUAUCGACCAAGUCCAGGCGGUCGGCUACUUCCACAGGUGGACAGAUGCAAACCGGGGCGGAAAAUUUGUGUACUACUUGAACAAUUCGCUCAGUGCAUAUCAUGAAGAACCACUGGCUCGCGCUGGGUCGUUUGUGGAUGGGUCAAAGGUGAUCCACGCCGCUACUAUCUAUUACCCACACCGCCAACCACCAAUCAUGGACAAAAGUGCCGACAAUAAACUCGUGUAUCAAGGCGCUGACAAGUGGACUCUCACCUCUAACGGAAAUGCUUUGAAGACGUUCAAAACCGACGAUCUGCGCAUGACGAUCGUCUACCGGGCACGCUGCUUCGAAUCCGAGGCGAAGAAGGAGGAAUUUAAGCGAAUUCGCGAGACCAAAGAGGGUGUUAAGCAUGUCGACGAGAUUCUGGAGGACUUGAAAAAGGACCUGGUAGCCCGCUUCGGCUACACCAAGGCCGCUUUGGAAGGACUGAGCCGGUACCAACUUGGGAUGCUUCUUCUGGAUGUCUACAUAAAGUAUCCGCUACCCCCGGCCGGAUUGAUUCCAGUUAAUUAUUGCCUUGCUGAUCGUUUGUAUCCGUGGUUGAAGCCUCUCAUUGACAAGAUAUGC